AUGCUCUUUCUAACCUCUCCCUUCAUUAGCCGACGAAGUUCUGGUGCCAACCAGGUGCUCUCGAGUCUGAGGAAGACGUUUGGACAGAUCCGACGCGCCAUAAGCGCCGAUCGCCUCAAUCGCAUCAGCGACUCUGAGGCGCCUGCAACCCCACACGUCAACCAUCUCCAAAGAGCCGGCCACCUGCUGCGUCGCGAACACGCAUCCCCGCCCGGCACGAACACUCCUAGCUUGGCCAAUCCAGUUGCCUCGAGUGCAGUCAAGCCUCGUCUUGUGCGAAGAAGAUCGGUCAGCCCGUGCUCAUUAACCGCUGGUCGCCUGGCCGCCCACAGACACUUGGACACGAGAAACCAAUUACCUUUGGCCAGAUUGCAACCAUCCGAAGCAGUCAAGUGUUCCAUCAUUGAACGCCACCCAGACGGGUCCCUUUUGGUCCAGCUAAAACGGUCGAGCAUUGAUGGACAGUUCGGUUUCUUCAUUGCCAAAGACAUAAACGGUAUCUACGUUAGUCGGUUGGCAGAUGUCAAGUCUGCUGCUGCACUCUGGGACGUCUUCCAUGUAGGCGAUCGUCUGGUUUCGGUGCAGGGCAUCCCUUGCACUGGCAACUCAGAGGUAGCCGAUGUGCGCAACCUAGUUGCCAACCGUCGUUACGUGCAGAUUCUAAUACGGCCAGCAACUACCUGUGGCGUUGUAACAAGGAACAGAUCACAUGGUAUAAAAAUCCUCAAGAGUCCAAGAUGCCCCCAAGAUGCAUUAAUGCGAUAG